GGCGCGCACGAGCGCGGAACAGGUUGCGCCGCGGAGAGAGUGCCGGCGCUGCGGCGGCCAGUGAAAGAACCGCCGGAGACGUUCUCAGUUUUCGUACAGGUGUCGACUCGCGAGGGUUCGUCCACCGUUGUGUGUAUUACGUGCGCUCGGGCCCGACGGCAUAACGUAACGAUAAUUGUUCGUAAGACGACGCGAUCGUUUUCUAUCGUCGUGAGAUCGUUAUAAUUUUUUUUUUUUUUCCGAGCUCGGGGUGUUGACGGGUUUAUCGUUUUAAAAGGUCCCGUUUAAAAGGAUAAGUUUCGACUUAUCCGUUUAGUCUGUUCGUAGAAAUUGAUAUUUUCCCCUCGUUCGCGCUUUAAGUCUGUGCGCGCGGAUGAACAGUGUUCGGUGAUCGGCGCCUCGGAUGAAAUCUUAGUGUUUAUCGCCACUUAAAGUAUACUUAUACAAAACACUUGAAGUCUCCGCUUCCGCGGUAAACGAAGAUCGCGGGGCUAAUGUGAUAAAUCUCAACAGGUGACACAAUGAGCGCGACGACAGCCGAAUGCGAGCUACUGGGCCGCGGGCCCGUCCAGGGGUCCGCCGACUCGGACAGCCUGGCCGCGUUGGUCAGGCAUUUGUGCAAGCAGCAACAACGCGGCCGGUUGCCGGGUCGCCGGUGCACAGUGACAUGUAGCCGGGACGGCGGUCUGGAAAUCGUGCCGUACCAGCGGAAGCGGCCGGACGACGAAGGAUUCGAAUCAGACGAAGACCUGGCAUCGCUGGGCUCGUACGAGGACCCGACUAAGAGGAAAACGGGAACGCUGGCCGCCGCGUCGGUGGCGGCCGGCGCCGGGUCGGACAGCGCGAACAGCAGCGGCGUGUCCGAGGACAGCGACGACGCGGACGCGGCCUCGCUGAGGGAACAGGCGCCGGCGGCCGCGGAGACGUCGGACGGGAGCGGCCGUGAGGCGUACGGGCUGGCCGACGUGGCAUUCUGUCACACGGACGCGGCCACGCUGCCCGGCAUAGCCGUGUGGGUGAUAAAGACGCGGAGAACUUCGGCCGCGGGCUUGGAGGCCAUUGUGGUCCGGAGCCGGGACAACAGGCUGCAGGACGUGUGUAGAGCGUACCAGGAGCACAGCAAGCGACUGAAGUUGGAGCCAAAACCGUGGACGGGUCAGGUCAAUAACAGCGGCGGGUCGUCGACGCGGCGCAAAGCGGUCAAUCAGAGCGGUGGGGUCACCCUCACGGCUACGCCCGAGGUCAACCGAUACAACCUGGUGCAGCGGACCGACACGGACGGCGUGACGCACAUCGAAGUGACCGCGGGACCGGUGGUGGCGUCGGUGACGGAAAGAGCUACCGGCAGGGACGAGUCGCCGUCCAGCAUCAUAAGCAUUAGCACACCCGAGUCGCCGAGACCGAUGACCAAGGGCUUGCGAGUGGUGUAUGGUGACACGGACGACGACGGCGGUGGAGAGUCGUCACCUCCGCAGAGACCGGAACGGAGGAAGUACAAGCAGCCGAAACCGGAAACCGGUAGUAGCGGUAGCGGUGGCGUUGCUGCCGAAGACUUCAGGCGGCAGCAGAAAGUGGUAAGAGGACAGUUCAUCCGGGUGAACGUGAACCAUUGCGCAGUUGUGCCACCGGUAAGUCCGGAGCCGGAACGGAAGCGCACGCAGCACCAGGAAAAGUCAGGGAAACCGGCCGCAUCCCUGGCCACUUCCAACGCUUCCGGUUCCGACCGACUGUGGUCGACGGCCGACUACGACAGGCUGGACGGGCGGUACGAGCAGCACCGGAGUUCUUCGCGGUCCAGCAGUCGGACCCGGAGCAGGAGCACGGGACCGGGUCGUCGGCAACAGCAGCUGACGGCCGCGGCACCGCAGCACCCUCCACCGGUGGCGUUUACCCGGUAUCAGAACGUCGACCAACAGCAGCAGCCGCUGUCCACGUUCGGCACGCGGUUCUUUGGCAAACUGCGCGAGAUCACUUCGGGCAACCAGUCGCCGCCGCUCCAGGACUUGCAGCCGGUGACGUUCCGGCGUCGUAACAGCGUCGGUGAGUCCGUCACCGCAAACUUUUAUCAGUACUUCGGCCAUCAGCACCACCACAACCACCACCAGCAGCACCACCAUCACAACCAAUACCAGCAGCAGCAUUAUAUGCACAUGCAGCAGCAGCAGCAGCAGCAGCAGAGGCAACAGGCGAAAAACGGCGGCAACCUCAAGUCGGUGAUCAAAAAGAACAACAAGAGCCAACCCUAUCAAAACGCAUACGACGAGCCGAAAAAGGUCACGUUCAGCGCUUACGCCACCGUUCAGGUGGUCGACUAGCGCCGAGGGUGUGGUCCCUUUUCGCUCCUGCGCCCCUCAAUUCUUCGUACCAUACAAUGAUGUCGCUCAACGUUUUCGCGUCCGUCGUCGUCAUCGUGUUACCAAAUAGGUUUAAACUGGUCGCGUGAACCGCCUGCCGGGCAACAGGGCGUAGUGUUAUCGACUGCUGCGGGACGAGGAAACAAUCAAGCUUCCGGUACUUAGCCCUCUCGUUUUUACCCCGUUCCGUGUCUCCGAACACGUGCUUCUCGUGAACCCAACAAUGCUUUUAUCUGAUUUCCGUUAUGAUUUCACGUCGCAUUUUUUUUUCGUUUUCGGGAGGUCGAGUUCGUGUCUUCGUCGCUGAAGGCAUUUGUAAACUACGGGACCGACACGACGCGUCGCACAGUCCGAUUAUUGAACACGCUUACUUGAUUUCCUUUCGUUUGGAACAUCGUUUCAUCGUUUUAUCUUCGACUGGAAGAUAGUAAACGCACCGAAACGACAGGUUAAAUAAAAAUUAAAUAAGGUCCAAUAAAAAUUCAAACUGCCUCGACACAACAGUGCGUACGUCUGGUAAAUUGUAUUAUAUAGGUUACUGUUGUUACGUCAGUGUUGUGUUCUAGUUUCGGCAGUGUGAUCGAUCAAUUACUAUUAUUUAUCGACAAGCCGUCCACGAGCACUACGCCCUCUUACCCGUUAGGCAUUCGUUCACGUUAUAUUCUAGUGAAGCUUUUCAGAUUGUUGCUCAUUAAACGAAAAUUAUUUACCUUUUUUUUCUCUUUUUUUUUUCCUAGUUAUAUUGUUAUUUACGCGUAUUGAAUUGUACAUUAAGUUAACUUAUAUAAACAACAUAAUCAUUGUAGACCAUAAGUAACUUAAUUUCCUUAUCAUAUCUAUCGAUCACGUUAUUAUAACUUUUUUUUCUUUUUUUUUUUUUUAUAUAUUAUUUAGGGGACGACACCGCUGCUGUAUUUGCACGUGUUUUUCGGGACCGAUAUUGUUUUUAUUUUAUUUAUAAAACUUAACGGGCAUGCUGUUGUGCCGUGUAAAUACUAAAAUAUAUAUAAAUAAAUAUACAACCAUUAUACCAGUCA